UCUGGGUAUAAAAAGAUGAAAAUGUGGGUCUACUUCAAACAAAUGUCUUUCUUGGCACCGCACAUUGCACAUAGAAUGUCACGCAGCUCUGUGGCAGAUUCUCAGCAAGAAAAAACUAUGACAUCGCAAAGUAUUCUGAAGUCCUCUCUAUUCACUGAAGAAUCUACAGUGAAGACAAUGUCGAGUCCAUUACCAUCAAAUAAUAUAUUGAAUUCCGAAAAUAUGCUGACAUGCUCUGACGAUAACAUUAACAAUAUUUUAUCUGAUAACACAUCAGUUAGUACCUCAGAUCAGCAAUCUCCUGUUACCGUACAAGAUUGUGAGGGCAAUGUAUUAGAGUGUGUAAAUAAUAGAAUGCAACAGAAUAAAGCUGCAGACAUUGUUACCGAGGCUGUGAACAACUCAAUCCGGAAGAAGAAAGUGGUACCAGCUCCAGAUCGAUUUGCAGCGAAAAGACAAAAAGGAAUGGAAACAAUGGAAAAUGUACUAUCCCAGUCUUCUCAUGCCUUAAAUGUUGUUGCAACGGCAUACAUGCAUCGUGCUGCUGCUGCUCAGCAACAGGAGCAGCAUCUAUAUAUUGUAGCAAUAAAUGAAGCAAUGAAAGGAGUACCAGAUAAAGAGAAAAUCACUUGUUUUAUGUCGAUCAUGCAAGUAAUUUCAGAGUGCUCACGAAACAAGUAAUUGCCAGGUAGAAAUAUCUUUGACAUACAAAAUAGUUUGUAUGUUCUGUGCUUUUCAAUAUAGUACCAAAAAGGCAUUUCUUUUACGUUAUUAUAGUUUCACACAUGCAAUUCUUUUUAUUUUGUAAUAUUGUUUUAUUUUCUUUGUUUUUAUAAGUCUCAAAAUUGCUUUUAGUUAAUGCCAAUUAUAUCAAACUUUUGUAACCAUUGGUACAGUGACAUUCUUGAGACUAAAUUCUGUCCAAACUAUGGAAGUCAAAUUAGUUUUCAUUUUUAAUGAAGCAUAAUAGUCAUUGUGCAAAAAUGACAUAUUUGAAGAGUAUGUAUCUAUUAUACAUUGCAUAUAAAUGGUGAUACAAUAUGGCUGUUCAAAUUUUAAGUAAUAUGUUGAUAAAUUGUUUAAGUUUAUUUUUUAUUCCAUUAUAUAUAAAAGUACUGUAUAACUGUUUAAAGUUUAGACUGAUUUAAUAUCAUAAAUAUUAUGGAAGUAUUAUUCAA